AUGCCUACAUCUGCACCCAAAGAAGCCAAAAUGGCUUGCCACCCUUCAGAUAAAGCAGCGUUCAUUGAGCAGCAAGAAAUCCUUCGAGACCGCUGCUCCAAAGUCCUCGCCGACCAUCUCAAGUCCAAUCCCGAUGUUGUGUGGACCUUCGAAGAUGGCUACGGAAGGUACCCCACCACAAAGAAAGAAGAGGCACAGCUGAAACUGGUCCUGGAUCUCGAAUUCAACGAGGAAAGCGGCCAGUGGGACUUCCCUCCGGCCAACAACCGACUGUCAGAUGAAUUAGUUUAUCUGGCAGUGAAAUUCAUGAACGCCCGCCACCGAGCACGACUAUAUCCAUACGAUUUCGACGCCAUGGGCCAUAUCAAUCCUCAACGCGUAUCAUCGGGACCUGCUCCCAUCAUCUGGGCUCACGGCUUGCCUUUCUUCCCGGUAUACAAAGGGUAUUACAUCCUCUGUGGACGCGAAAACUCGAAGAGCAUCGGCUGGCUGAUCCACGAGAAAACCAAAGAUAUCAUGCAAUCCAACCCGAUCUGGUCUAUUGGGGCGGUCAUCGCACCUGAUUCUGCCGUGAAGGCUCCUCACACCAUCACUCGCCAGAUGACACAGCACAAGCCUAGCGGUGUCGAGAUUGAAUUGCAGUACAGGAGCAAGGCUUGGACGCGCGAUGUCAUGGCUGCUAACCACCAGCUCUGUGCAGUUCUUCCGAAUCCGGAAGUUGAUGGGAUUGAGAUCUGCCCUCUGUGGAAAGCCUGGGGUUACAACGUUCGUUGUGGACCUAUGAAGCGUGGAUUGAAACCGACUACCAUGCCGAAGGAAUUUUUUACCAGCCAUGGUAUCAAAGAUUUUGACUAUGAGGCUCUCGCUAGGCCAUACGGCAACCGCUUGUUGAACGAAGAUGAAGACAUGGACGAGGAAACGGACUCAGACGACGACAUUGAGGUGGAACAACUCGCUGGAAAGAGUGAUGAAAUCACUAGCAGUGGCAAUCGAUCCAUGAUGGCUCAGUCUACGUCCCAAGUUGAUGUGGACAUAGGUAUUGUCAGCCCAGUGGAGGUUCCAGCGCAGGUCCCGGUGCAAGGUCCAGAGCAGGUCACAGAAGCGAUCACAGAAGCAGUCACAGAAGCAGUCACAGAAAAGGUCACAGAAGAGGCCCCGAAAGAGAUCUCAAAAGACCCCGAAUUCGCCCCCUCAGAGCAUGAGGAGCCGAAAGUUGGUGAAGGACCGGCAUCUUAA